AUGGACGGCGAGUCGCUGUACGAGGUGGAGAGGAUCGCGGCCGAGAGGCACGGCCCCACGGGCCAGCGCGAGUACCUGGUGCAGUGGAAGGGCUACGGCCGCGAUGGCGACACCUGGGAGCCCGAGGAGAACAUGGUGGACUGCGCCGAGGCGCUGCAGGACUUCCAGGUCUGGCGGGCGGAGCAGGAGGGCGGGGCCCUGGCCUGGCCGGCGGAGGAGCCCGAGGCGGCAGGGGCCCGCCCCGAGAGCCAGGGCAGCGUGUCCACGGGGCUGCCGGACGAGGAGCUCGAGGCAGCUUGGGAGAUGGCCGGGCACGGCGACUCGGUGAAGGCCUGUGACGCGCAAGGCCUGAAGACCGAGGAGCCCGACAGCGACAGCGACGAGCAGGAGGGAGCCCCGCCGCUCUACUGGGGGCUCCCGCGGGCCCCGCUCCAAGCGCCUUCCACGCAGCCCAAGGACAGGGGAGGAAGCUUCAGCGGCCUGCGCAUCAGGCUGCGGACCAGCGACCUGGAGUCCGAGGCCCAGGCCCUGGCCCGCGACAGGGUCGGCCCUUGGAAAUCCGCCUCCGUGGACAGCGGGUGGGACAGGAGGAAGGCGUCCCCCGUCCACGUCCCCUACAGACUCAGGAGGCCAGCGGCUGAUCGGAGCAAGCAGCCAGCAGCAUCGUUGGCUCGCUUCAUGUGGAGGAAGUCUGAGGACCGCCCCUCCUACCGAGAUAUCGUCGUCAGGAAGCAGGAGGCUUUCACCCACAUCAUCCUGUUCAGUAGGUCGUCGGAGAAAAACUGCCUCCAUCCUGGUGUCAUGAAGGAAAUGCAGAGCGCCCUGACCUGUGCCGCCAAGGAUAACAGCAAAUUUGUGCUGCUGGGCGCAGCAGGCAGUGCUUUCUGCGGUGGAUUGGACUUGGCCUAUUUGUCUAGGAACCUGCAGCAGGACCAAGAAAGGGAGAGCCUCAGAAUCGCAGAAUGCCUCAAGAGGUUUGUGAGUCACAUCAUUCAAUUCAGCAAGCCUAUAGUGGUUGCAGUUAAUGGGCCGGCCCAGGGCCUGGGAGUAGCCAUCUUGGCCCUCUGUGAUAUUGUGUGGUCCAGCGACUCGGCUUGGUUCCAGACUCCUUACAUAGACCAAGGCCAAACUCCAGAUGGCUGUUCCAGCCUGACCCUGCCCAAGAUCAUGGGGGGAGCAGCUGCCUCUGAAAUGUUCUUCACAGGCCGGAAGCUGACCGCUCAAGAGGCGUGUGACAGAGGCCUGGUGUCCCAAGUAUUUAAACAAAAGGAGUUUUAUAGGAUUGUUCUCUCUCAUGCCAGAAAACUGGCCACGUCCUACCCCCUCAUUCUGGAAGAAUGCAAGAACUUGAUGCGCUGUGGAACUAAGGCAGAACUGGAGAAGGCCAAUGCCCGAGAAUGUGACGUGUUGAAAAAUACGUGGGCAUUUUCACCAGUAGUUCCCCCUGUGAUCAGUGCCUUGUCAGAACAUGGCACACAGAAGAGAGCACAGAAAGACACUCUAUCUCUGUAUUGA